CCGAAGUGGCUGCGGUCUUUGGACCCAACGCCCGGAAGUACUGCCUCGCGCUCCGGAAGCGAUUCCUCGGGCGCGCGCCCUGAGCCUCGCUUUCCGUGAGACGUAGCGCGGAGCGACCCAGCCAGCAAGCGAGGUGAGAUGCCGGUGGCCGUGGGCCCCUACGGACAGUCCCAGCCUAGCUGCUUCGACCGCGUGAAGAUGGGCUUUGUGAUGGGUUGCGCCGUGGGCAUGGCGGCCGGGGCACUCUUCGGCACCUUUUCCUGUCUCAGGAUCGGAAUGCGGGGUCGGGAGCUGAUGGGCGGCAUUGGGAAAACCAUGAUGCAGAGUGGCGGCACCUUUGGCACAUUCAUGGCAAUUGGGAUGGGCAUCCGAUGCUAACCAUGUUUGCCUACUAUAUCUACACCUUCCCAUCAGCCCCAGCCCAUGUACUAUAAUAAAACAAAGUCUGUAAGUA